AAGAAAUAGAAAAAAACUUUAAAGCUCUUACGUCAUCAACGAGCUUGUCUGGCUCUGUCUAUCCGCAUGUCUAGCUUUUAUGUUUGUUUGCUUGCCUCACUCUCUCACCCGCCCGCUCUCCCGCUCUCUCGCUCUCGCACGCUGUUUCGUCGCUCUGCUUUCUAUGCAAAAAAACCGGCAUAAGCUGCGUGCGUCGACGUCGCUGCCUGGCGCUCAGCUGUUGGCCGCACAAGGCGCGCUCGAAGCGAACUGCGCAUAACAAAACCAAAGCUGGUGCGAGAAAGUUGUCGGCGCGCGCUUUGCAAAAACUGUGAAUAAAAAGAAACACGACUCGCAAUCGAUUCAAACUUGAACAUAGAACAAAAAGAAGAAGAAGAAAAAUAACAACAAUUUUGCUGCCAUGCACCAAAGCAACAGCAAACACAGUGCCAAAAAUUUACAGUACGAAAUCAGAAAACAAUCCAUGAGAUAAACAACAACAUUCAGAGAAAAAGCACACAAAACAAAUUGAAACAUAGCAACAACAACAACAACAACAACAGCAACAACAAUCACAAUCGUCCAGCGCCAGAAACCGAAAUAGCGACAUUUAACCAGCAUAAUCCAGCAGCAUGUUGAUUACGUCCGUUGUGGUAUGCCAGGUGGAGAAAUUGCUCUGCACGCCCAUCAGCUUUGCGGUAUUCGCCUUUCUGUUCAUGGCCUGCACCAUGGAGGUGGUCCUGCUCAAGCUGACAACCAGUGCACACAUCUUUGGCCGUCCGCCCAACCACGAUGACUGGGACGAGGGCAGCGAGCACGAGGAGGAUAUCUACUAUGAGAAUUUGGAGAACAACUACGAGCAUUGGGCGCGCAGGCGCAUGCGAUAUCAUCAGCGGCAACAGCAGCUGCUACAACAACAACAACAGCAACAACAACAACUUCUAUAGGGAUUUGCCCGUUUUCUAAUGUAUAUACGACUGAGUUUUCUCCAAUUUAGGCUAAGCCAAAUUUCUACAAAGUUGACGCCUUUAUUUUUUUAUCAUUUUCGGUUUCGUUUGCGUGUAAACAAUUGCAAAAUUUUCUGCCAAUUCAUUGAAACCAAAAGAGAAAAGCGAAAAAAGAAUAAGAGAAAAAUAAAAACAAA